CCCUCCUUGGUCUUAUUGGCGACUCUCCAACUUUAUCCCUAUCUAGGGUUUUUUCUUCUCUCCCGACUAAGAGAGUUCUCCGCUGCGCUGCUUGCUGUUCACACUCUCUAUCUCUUGGGAAAUUUUGCGGGGGAGGAAAAUGACGACCGUGGUUCCUACUUCUGAGGAAGAUCCCGUCCUCUCCGUCGUCCGUUUUACGGCGGAGAUGUCAUGGGCGGACGCCGGCGCCGAGACUGCAGAGCCUGAAGUUAAUAGAUUGUGUGUCGAGGCCCAGAAAUGCAUGAUUGAAGGAAGGUGGUUGGAUUUGGUUUCGCUUAUGCUCGCUUCUGCAGAUAUAAUAUUUUCUAAAGCUUCUGAAAAAGAUCUUGAGUGCGUUUUCACAAUCAUGUGCAACCUUGUCAAGAAGCCUGAGAGCUUGGACCAAGUACAUGAGAUGGCAGAGCUCAUAUCCGCUAAAAUCAUUCAACAACCUAAUGAUAAACCCGCAUUGCGCUUGAAAAUCUUGUUCAAUCUCUACAACCUGUUGGAGAACCCAUACAGCCGUUUCUGCGUUUACUUGAAGUCCCUCAAUUUGGCCACUGGCGGAAAGGUUACUGAACACAUUUUGCCAUCCAUCAAAAAGAUGGAUAACUUUUUGAAGGAAUGGAAUCUUGGAGUCAAAGAUCAGAGAGAGCUGUUUCUUGCAAUCUCCAACAUUUUAAAGGAAAACAAAGGCUCUACAAAAGAUUCUUUCAUGUUUCUAACAAAGUAUCUGGAAACCUUUUCGUCUGAAGAUGCUUCUAAUAUGAACGAGGCUAAGGAAGAAGCUGCCCGCGCAAUUGUUGAUUUUGUCAGAUCACCCGAUAUGUUUAAGUGUGACUUGCUAGAUAUGCCAGCUAUAGCCCAGUUGGAGAAAGAUGCUCAAUAUGGUCCAGUAUAUCAACUUCUGAAGAUCUUUCUCACUCAGAGGCUGGAUGCUUACUUGGAUUUUGAGGCAGCAAAUUCAGCAUUAUUAAAAACCUAUGGACUUGUCCAUGAUGACUCUAUAUCAAAGAUGAGGUUGAUGUCGUUGGUAGAUCUUGGCUUGAAUGAAUCUAGUCAAAUUCCUUAUUCUGUCAUCAAACAGGCAUUGCAGAUUGAUGACAUUGAGGUAGAAUCGUGGGUUGUUAAGGCAAUUACAGCUAAGUUACUUGAUUGCAAGAUUGAUCAAAUGAAUCAAGUAGUAAUAGUGAGCCGAUGUACGGAGCGUGUGUUUGGUGUGCAUCAGUGGCAAGAGCUCCGCACGAAACUAGUGACUUGGAGGGGCAACAUUGCAGGUGUUAUCAGCACAGUUCAAGCCAAUAAGAUUACAGAAGAUAGCACACAGGCAAUGCAAGGUUUAGCAAUCCGCUGAGUGUUCUUUGUAGCGGUCUCUUCACCUUUUUCAGCUUGAAAUUUUGAUCUUUUUUUUUUCUUUGGGCAAAAAUAUACUAUUUGUUAACUUACAAUAGCCAUUUUUAUCUUGUUCGUCGAGCUUUCGGGCUGUAUUUCUAUGUGACGACUGUCUUUGCUUUGUACUA